UACAAUGGGCAUCUUAUACCAAAGCGAUUCAGUUUCUCCGUCCAUCCGUGAUCGUCGGCACAUCCCUGCCGUGGAGAGAAGAAGGACCACUUUCUUUGCUCUGAUGUAGCAUUUCUCCGAAACACAUGGCCUUCAAAGAUUAAGCCUUCAAGGAGCCCAUUGUGGACUGCAGAUAAAGUACGCUCUUGACCCCGAUUGGUUGUUCUCUCGACAACCCAGCCAUGUAACAGAGGCAUGAAAUAUUUUCUAUGAGACGUGAUGGACAAGAGAGCCAUGCAAGCCAUUGCAAAUCAAACUGGAGAAUUCUGCAAGAUCGCUGUUCAACUUUGGUGGUUUUCUUUGCCUUUCUCUGGAGUUGGAAAGCCAUGAAGAUGUUUGACAAAGAGGACAUCCUUGUCUGCUCUGUUUCCAGAUGUGGAUCGAGGGACUUGUAGUAGUUCCCAAACUUUGAUCUCCCAGCUGUUUAGUUCUCCAACUUUCAUUGAAAAUGGUGAGAGGGAACUGAAGUCCAAAACUUUGAGAAGCUUCAAGUUCGGAGCCAACGGAUCGCAAACGGUUGCCACCAUCCAUUCAGAAGAAUCCGGUUUUGGAAUGUAAUGUUUCCAGAUGUUCUUGGAUGAAACCCAGUUGAAAAUACACAGAAGGACAGAGCAGGAGUGGAAAGAUGUGCUGCAUGUCACAUAUACCGUUAGGAUGGACAUGCUCCAGUCAUUUGAGCCUCAUGGAUACUUACCCAUGGUUUGAAAUCUUGCGUUUUUUCUUGCCUUUGCCAUGGAACGUUGUUAAGUUUUAAAGAUAUUUUGGUGUCUACUAUUCUCCAUGUCCAAGACCACAUGGCUGUUGAAAAGCUGCUUUGUCAGGUCGUCCCCAUGGAAGAAGAUGAAAAGUUGGCCAACUCAAUUGUUAUAAAUGAUUAGCCCCUAUGACCAACAUGAGCUGGAGCUUCCUAACCCGCCUACUAGAAGAAAUUCACAACCACUCCACGUUUGUGGGGAAGAUCUGGCUGACCGUCCUGAUCGUCUUCCGCAUCGUCCUGACAGCCGUCGGAGGCGAGUCCAUCUAUUCGGACGAGCAGAGCAAGUUCACCUGCAACACCAAGCAGCCUGGCUGCGACAAUGUCUGCUAUGAUGCCUUCGCGCCGCUCUCCCACGUCCGGUUCUGGGUCUUCCAGAUCAUCAUGAUCUCCACGCCGUCGGUCAUCUACUUGGGCUACGCCAUCCACAGGAUCGCAAGGUCCACGGAAGAGGAGAAGAAGAGGUUCCGGGGCUUUAAGCGGAAGAAGCAGUUUGCACUCAACUGGCAAGCUGUCCGCAACCUGGAAGACCCCUUGGGAGCUGAAGAGGAGGAGCCCAUGAUCACCGAUGAGAUCGUGGAGAUGGAAGCGAAGGCCAAAGCGAAGGAGGAGAAGAAGGAGCAGAAGAAGUACGAUGGCAGGAGACAUAUCCAGGAGGAGGGCCUGAUGAAGAUCUACGUCUUCCAGCUCCUCACCCGAGCCUCGUUCGAAGUGGCCUUCUUGAUCGGGCAGUACAUGCUCUACGGCUUCGAAGUCACGCCGUAUUACCUUUGCACCCGAGAGCCUUGUCCUCAUGACGUUGACUGCUUCGUGUCCCGGCCAACUGAGAAGACCAUCUUCCUCCUGGUGAUGUACGUCGUUAGCUGCCUUUGCUUGCUCCUCAACCUGGCCGAGAUGUGCCACUUGGGCAUCGGCACCAUCCGGGAUGCCAUCCGAGAGCGGAAGAUCCACAGCUUCCGGCAGCCGCCUUACAACUACGCCGCCUACCCCAAGAACAUCUCCUGCCCGCCGGAGUACAACUUGGUGGUGAAAUCGGACAAGCAGGGCAAGGUGCCCAACAGCUUGAUGGCCCAUGAGCAGAACUUGGCCAAUGUCGCCCAGGAGCAGCAGUGCACCAGCCCUGACGAGAACAUCCCCCCAGACUUGUCCACUCUCCAUAAACACUUGCGGGUGGCUCAAGAGCAGCUGGACAUUGCCUUCCAGAGCUACAACGGGACUCAAGGGAAUGGCCAGCCCUCGAGGACCAGCAGUCCUGCGUCCGGCGGGACGAUGGCGGAGCAGAACAGGGCCAACACGGCCCAGGAGAAACAAGGGGCCAAGCCUAAAGCUGUUUCAGAGAGAGGUAGUUCCAAUGGCAAAGAUGGGAAAAACUCUGUCUGGAUAUAAGGAGGUCUAGCUUAAUAGGCAAAGCAGGAGCUGGAGCUGUCUUCUUGCUGGAACAAGAUUAGUUCUGGAGAGCUUUAGGUUCCUUACGAAGGCCGAAAUGUCUGGAUAAAGGUUACCCAAUGUUUACCAGCAAUGUGUUGAAGCAAUGCUCCCAGUUGGUUCAGGAAAGGCCUCUCCCUACACCCACUUUCUGCUCCCAGAUACACAAAGCUCAGCGUCUGGACAUGAGAGGGCUUGUUGGUCAUUUUGUGUUAACUCCAAAAGGAAAGCUUCAAGGAUUUCAUCCUUGGUGUUCAUUAUGUUGUUCUCUCAGGGCAGAACUUGUGGGGUGCAGUUGCAGAGUUUGUUCUCCGACUUGAAAUUUCAGGAGAGAAACUCCUUGCUUUUUGCCAAGGAAGCACACAAACUCCCCAAUAACUUCCUUGCAGGAGUCAGGGACUGCCACUCACUCACAUUCCCCUUUGCUUAGCUGGUUGCAUCCAGUGUUUCUCUUUAUCCGGCUGAUUCCUUUGCUUCCCUCCUUGCUCUUCGUCUGGCCUUUUAAUGAUGCCCAUAUUUUAUUACACCAUACACGCUCGUGUAUAAGUCGACCUCUUGUAUAACUCGAGAGCAGGUUUGGGAGCCAAAAUUAAGGAUUUUGAUUGGACUUGUUGAUAAGUUGAAAGUCAUUCCAUAGAGAGUUGAAAGCAGCAAUGCCUCAUGGGGGCCAGUUGCCAUGUUUUGGAUAAAAGGCACAGUCCUUCCACUGGCCCACGGAUAAGUCAACUCAGUUUGCUUUUUGCACUAUAAUUUCUAGACUUAUACAUUAGUAUAUGUAGUGAUUAUCCCUUUCCUCCAUGGUCUUUUGGCUCCCUGACAUCUUAGCAAUGCAUACACUGGGAUUUGUAUUGGCAAUUCUUCCAGUGGCAACCACCCUAUGCUUCCACAUCUCUCUGAAACUUGGGAGCUGAAAGAGAAAGAGGGCCAUAUAUUGGGCUAUUGCCUGUUGUGAAAAUUUGGCACCCAAGAUGGCCCUUCACCCUUUAAUCCUAUCCCCUCCAUGCAUUUGUAGGCAUCCACCAAAUACCUUCUUGCUGUGUGCUUUCCAAGGUUUCGUCAAAUAACCCAUACUUAAUGUCUAACUCAUGUGGAAGAUGUCCCACUGACAGACAAAUGGGGCACUAACAUGGAUCCAUGGUCCUCUUGCAAUGGUGUGAUAACUUCCCUAGAUCAGGAGUGAGAAAAAGACUCAAGUCCUGUAUCGUUGGUAUCAGUGGAGUUGCAACUUUAGACCUCUGUGGCGUGUUUAUGCUUUUGUGCUUCACUGAGAAGCACCCAAGGAUCUCAUAACCAUGUGCCGUCUUUGUUUAAUUGUUGUGAAAUGUUCCUCUUCCUUUGAUCUUUGGUGCAAACGUUGCUCGAACACAUCCUAGACCCCAAAGUGCCUUUAAGCAACAUUAUGAGGAGGGAGUGACUUUUGGUAUCUUGGUUGUGAAGGCAGAUGGUGCUAACAUGAUGGUAUUCAAACGUCUCUUGUGGAAUAAAACUCUUUGUUACAGUCAUCCCAAUAUCAUGGUCAGGAAUCUGGGAAGAGUUUCCCCCAAAAGGCGCUAGAUAUUGUAAAGCCCCCUUAGUGCAAUUCUGUGGUCAACCUUUUAUGGAAGUUGACUAUAUAAUCGUGCUGGAGGAUCUAGAGAUUCUUAGAAAAGUGUCUUCUCAGAUAAAGAUAAGCAAUUUAUUUGUGUUUUCUCCCCUUUCAGGAGGGUCUUAUGCCCUUAAGCCCAAGAAUAAAGCAUUGGGAGAAUUAAAGAAAUGAGCGAUCAAAGUAGAGCUGACAUAAUAUUGUUCCAUUUUGCAUGGACAGGAGAUUCCUUAUUUUAGAGGCAACUUUUCUUCCUUUCUAAAGAAACCAGUUGUCCUACAAGCAAACCAUAUCACGCUUAUUGGCUGGCCUGGAUUAAAGUGCGUAUUGUUAUGAUACGGUAAUCAAUAGUCUGAGGAGCUGCAGUGGCGCAAUGGGUUAAAUCCUUGUGCCGGCUGGACUGCUGACUUGAAGAUUGCGUUGCUGACCUUAAUGUUGCCAGUUCAAAUCUGCGAGACAGGGUGAGCUCCCGUCUGUCAGCUCUAGCUUGUGGGGACAUGAGAGAAGCCUUCCAGCUAAUACAUCCGGGUGACCUCUGAGCAACGUUACUGUAGACGACCAAUUCUCUCACACCAGAAGUGACUGCAGUAUGUUCCCAAGUUGCUUCUGACACAAUAAAAAAAAACAACAAUUGGCUGAAAUUAGUUAAUUUAUUGGUCUUAUUGAUCGACAUCGGAGGCAGCGCUUGGAUCCAUCAAUAUGAUCCCAAGUUUCUGAUUUAACCCACAAAAUGAUGAAGAAAAUGCAAAAAGUAGAUGCUAUUAUGGGCUAUUCCUGGCAAGAUUUAUUCAAAAUGCAGAAGUAAAUGCUUUGUUGUUGCAUGCUAGUCAUUUCUUAUGGUGACUCUGUUAUGGGCUGUUCUUGGCACGAUUUACUCAAAAGGUUCCAUUUGCUUUCCCUCCGAGGUUGAGAGAGUGUGACCCAUUGGAUUACCAUGGCCAAGCAAGGAUUUCAACCCUGGACUUCGGAGUCAUAUCCAUGCUGGGUCUCGAAAUGAAUGCAACUUUGCAGAAAUGUGUUCUUCAUAUCAGAAUGGAUAGUAGGGGGUGCACUGUUUUUGCUUUACCAAACUCCUAGAAAACAGGGAGAAAAAAACCUUCCAAACCCUAUUUUGAGCAGUUUUUGUCAGCAUGUGAUCCCAUGGAAGUUUGGGAAAUAUAGUUCUAGAACAGGCAUGGGCAAACUUGGUCCCUCCAGGUGUUUUGGACUUCAACUCCCACCAUUCCUGACAGCCUCAGGCCCUUUCCUUUUCCCCCUCCGCCGCUUAAGCGGGACCAAGAGGGACCAAGUUUGCCCAUGCCUUGUUGACAUGGUUUGCAAUUGGUUUCACAUCCAAAAGACAACACAGAACAAGUGAAUCUCUCUCUCACUCACAUUCCAUUCCACUGGAAAAUACUUGAAAGUCACUAAAUGUCCAUAAUAAAUCUAUGUUGUUAUCAAGUUUUCAUCAUACAACGUCUUGUAUUAUUUUUUCUUUUGUACUAACUUGUAUGAGAAACCCGUUGAGUGUAAAACUGACUCUCGUCUCUGUAAAUAUUUUCCGGGGCCUGAUUGUACUUAGGGUGACAGGACAGUUGAACAACAGUGAGACGAAACUAAUAAAAUCGAAAUAAAAUCUUCGUGUUUCCUUGGUCUCUA